CGGGCCGCCCUCCCGGCAAGAGGCGGGGCCGCGCUCGGCGCCCGCGGGGGGCGGCCGGUGCGGCACCUUCCCCGGCAUGGAGCUGAGCGCCGAGGAGCUGAGCCGCGUGGCGGGGCGGCGGCCAGGCUCCCUGUGACGGCGGCCAUGCCCCUCAGCCUCUUCCAGCGCCUCCUCCUCGCCGGCCUGCUGCUGCUGAUGGUCUGGGCCCUCCUGGGGCCCGCGGGCCUCGGGGAGGAGCUGCUGAGCCUCUCGCUGGCGUCCCUGCUCCCUGCUCCGGCCUCGCCGGGGCCGCCCCUGGCCCUGCCGCGCCUCCUGAUCGCCAACGAGGGCGCCUGCGGCGGCCCCGGCGGCCCCCCCUUCCUGCUCAUCCUGGUGACCUCGGCCCCCCAGAACCUCAACCAAAGGAACGCCAUUCGGGCCUCGUGGGGCGGGCAGCGCGAGGCCCGCGGGCUCAGGGUGCAGACGCUCUUCCUCCUGGGAGAGCCGGGCGGGCGGCAUCCCGGCUCCCGUGGGGACGACCUGGAACGCGAGUCAGCGGCCCAGGGGGACAUCGUGCAGGCGGCCUUCCGGGACUCCUACCGCAACCUGACCCUCAAGACGCUCAGCGGGCUGAGCUGGGCGGACAAGCACUGCCCCAUGGCCCGCUACGUCCUCAAGACGGACGACGAUGUGUUUGUCAACGUUCCAGAACUGGUAUCAGAGCUGGUCCGGCGAGGGGGCCAUGGGGAGCAACGAGAGAGGGGCACGGAACCCCGGAGAGGGGCUGAGGCCGGAGACGCAGGGUGGAAAGGAGGCAGCCCCUCGCCGGUGCGGCAGCCCACGCCUCCACUGUACCUGGGCCGCGUGCACUGGCGGGUGUACCCCAUUCGGACUCCAGGGAGCAAGCACCAGCUAUCAGAGGAGCAGUGGCCUGCCAGCUGGGGCCCUUUCCCACCCUACGCCUCCGGCACAGGGUAUGUGUUGUCAGCUUCCGCUGUGCAGCUCAUCCUCAAAGUGGCCAGCGGGGCACAUUUUCUGCCCCUGGAAGAUGUCUUUGUGGGGAUAAGUGCCCGACGAGGAGGCCUCACCCCAACCUCCUGUGUCAAACUGGCUGGUGCCACCCACUAUCCCUUGGACCGGUGCUGCUAUGGGAAAUUCCUGCUGACGUCCCACAAGGUGGACCCCUGGAAGAUGCAGGAAGCCUGGAAGCUGGUGGGGGGCUCCGAUGGGGAAAGGACUGCGCCCUUCUGCUCCUGGCUCCAGGGGGUCCUGGGCAUCCUGCGGUGUCGGGUAAUAGCCUGGUUUCAUAGCUUCACAGCCUGAGCGGACCCGGGCCAUUGGAGAGGAGGGAGGAGCUGAGGGUGCAGCCAGCUCCCCCACCUUCCUCCCAGCCCAAGGCAUCUGGCUGCAACUGGGCAGCUUCCUUACACAAGUGCUCUCUGUCACUGAAGCCUGAGGAUUUAGGGGAAAACUAGGGUCUGGCCUGCCAGCUCCGAAGAUGCUCCUCAGGGGAGUAAACAGUGCUGCGGUAAGCCCCCACGGCAGCAGAGGGCAAGAGCCCUCAAUAAAUUGGUCUCUCUA